AUGUCAUGCCAUAUCGAUGAAAAUUUAAAUUGUAUAAAUCAAGAAAUAAUAGACCAAUUCCACGGAAAUACCAUAUGCAGGAAAGUAGCAAACCGUGGUGGCCCCGGCGGCUAUAUAUCCGGUAACAUCAAAAUUUCCAAAGAAAUAACCGCGUAUGCAACCAUAGGUGGUCAAGGAAAAUUUGACCAAACGCCUUCCCAUACCCUUAAAGGCGGCUAUGGUGGCGGCGGUGAUGCUAUGAACUUUCAGAACUAUGGUUCAGGAAGCGGUGGUGGGCAAACCGCCGUCAAGUUUUUGUCAAAUGAUUUGUGGCACCGCGUGAUUGUGAGCGGCGGUGGAGGGGGCUCUGAUGAUGGUUAUGUUCAAACCCAAUUUGUUACUGAUGACGAUGGGUCAGGGGGAUCUGGCGGCGGGUUCACUGCCCCUGGAGCAUGGAGACAUGGAAAAUAUGAUGCAUCAAAAUCUGCCAACUCUACUUUUGGUUUCAGUUUUGGCUAUGGAGAAUCCUCUCGUUCUAAUGGAUCUUUGAAUGAAUAUGGAUACCUAACGCCUCUUGGAGGAAAUGAUCGUCCAGGCGCUGGAAGUGGCUGGUUUGGCGGCUUUGCUUCUCAUGAUUCAAAUAGCGGCUCUGGAGGUGGAAGUUCUUGGGCUUUGACAAAAGAUGCAAUAAUUCCACAUGGACAGGUUACAGCCUAUGAUUCAUCUUAUGAACCAGUUCAAACAAGGGCUUAUGAAUUCAUAGAUCAAAAACAAUUUUUGUUUACUGAUGUGAAAUCUAUUUCUGGAAUUUGGGAAGGAAACGGAAAGCUAUUGAUAACAAUCAUUGAUUCCGCUGUUAUCGUCUCCUGUGAUUCGCAACAAAAUAUUUUUUAUGGCUUUUCUCUAUUUCUUUUAUUUGAAAUUUCUCCGACUAAAUAA